CAAACUAACAAGUAUUCACCUAGUAAUAUUAUUUCUAUUGAUCCAGUGCAAACAUGAGCGUAAUUGAGCCCUGCAUCGAAUUUCUCGGCGAGGUCACCACCACAAUGGAGGUGGUAAAGGAGAAGUUUGAGCGCUACGCCGGCAAACCUUUUGGCAUCGUCGCCGAAUCGCAAUGCGCCGGUCGCGGGACGACCGGGCGCAAGUGGCUUUCCCCGAAAGGCAACCUUUACUUCAGCUUUUGCAUUCCACAGAACGAUCCAAAAUACAUCAGCAGGGAUUUAGUACCUGUGCUGCCUAUGCUCUGCGGUAUGGCGGCCCGCAAGGCAAUCUUGGAGCUUCUGCCCGGCCUUCCGGUGGAUCGGCUCGGGGUGAAGUGGCCAAACGACAUCAUUUACGAUCACAAAAAAAUCGGUGGGGCUUUGAUCGAGAGCGCCGGUAAUUACCACGUCAUCGGGAUCGGCAUUAAUGUGGAGAUCACCCCCACGGUUUUUGAUUCAGGCCGCGAGGCGACCUCCCUGAAGCGCUUGGCUGAGGAUUUUAACCUUCAGCUGCCUACGCUGCCGGAGCUUGCGCAAAAGAUUUGGGUGCACCUGUUCAAACUCAGCGUCGAUUCGUCGAUGACGCGGCAAAAGGUGACGUUGGAAUUCGACAAAGUUAUGGAUCGAACUCUAAAGCUCCACAAGCGUCUACCCGGUGGGCGAGACGAGGAGGAGCUGACGGCAGUCUCUCUCAAUGAAUGGGGCCAUCUCAAAGUUCGGCAUAUCGAUGGAACCGAGGAGGAACUUUGCGCGGAUUAUUUAUUUUAAUUUUCUAAUUUAUAGCGAAAGGUGUGGAAUGAUCAAAUUGACGUUUGCCCUAUUUGUUUCUUAUUUUAAAACACAUUCUUUGACAUGUGCAAGAAGUGAAAAUAAAGUAUCCUCGAAAAGGGAUUAAAUUACCUGAUUUAUAUCUGUUAAAAAGUGAAGGAGGACAAAGUCAACAAUGAAUUCAUUUUUUUGGGGGUUAAUUCAUGUUAAAUUUAUACACAUAUUUAUAAACCACAAUCAUCUUUUUUCAAUGUUUUUACGCCCAAUAUCAUUUUAAUCUAUCUACUUGCUGUUAGCACAUAGCUUCUUUUUAUGAUCAUGCUUU